GCGGCCAUUCGCUUAUUCGAGUGGGUCGUGGUGGCUGCGGCGGUUAAGGCGUGUUAACGGUCGCUGGUUCUCCGGCUGCAGGAUGGCAGCCUUAGGGUCCGGAGGCUACACGCGGAACGAUGCGGUCGAAAAGCUGCCAUCUGUCAUGGCGGGAGUUCCGGCGCGGAGAACCCAAUCCUCCCCACCUCCCGCCCCACCGCUUUGCCUCCGGCGGCGGACGCGACUCGCGACGGCGCCCGAGGACACAGUGCAGAACCGGGUAUCACUUGAGAAGGUGCUUGGGAUCACAGCCCAGAAUAGCAGUGGUCUAACCUGUGACCCUGGCACAGGCCAUGUGGCCUACCUGGCAGGCUGUGUGGUUGUGAUUUUGAACCCCAUAGAGAACAAGCAACAGCACAUCUUUAAUACGGCCAGAAAGUCUCUGAGUGCUCUGGCCUUUUCCCCCGAUGGGAAGUACAUAGUGACUGGAGAGAACGGGCACAGGCCUGCCGUGCGCAUCUGGGAUGUGGAGGAGAAAAGUCAGGUGGCGGAGAUGCUGGGCCACAAGUAUGGUGUGGCCUGCGUGGCCUUCUCACCCAACAUGAAGCACAUUGUGUCCAUGGGCUACCAGCACGACAUGGUCCUCAACGUCUGGGACUGGAAGAAAGAUAUCGUGGUGGCCUCCAACAAAGUAUCAUGCAGGGUCAUCGCCCUCUCUUUCUCUGAGGACAGCAGCUAUUUUGUCACCGUGGGCAACCGGCAUGUGAGAUUCUGGUUUUUGGAAGCCUCUACUGAAGCAAAGGUGACAGGCACCGUGCCCCUGGUCGGGCGCUCAGGCAUCCUGGGAGAGCUACACAACAACAUCUUCUGUGGUGUGGCCUGUGGCCGGGGCCGAAUGGCAGGCAAUACCUUUUGCGUGUCCUACUCGGGCCUCCUCUGCCAGUUCAGUGAGAAGAGAGUGCUGGAGAAGUGGAUCAACCUGAAGGUCUCCCUGUCCUCCUGUCUCUGUGUCAGUGAAGAGCUCAUCUUUUGUGGCUGCACUGACGGGAUCGUCCGAAUCUUCCAGGCCCACAGCCUGCACUACCUUGCCAACUUACCCAAGCCACACUACCUUGGCGUGGAUGUAGCCCAGGGCCUGGAGCCCAGCUUCCUCUUCCACAGGAAGGCAGAAGCAGUCUACCCUGAUACAGUGGCACUGACCUUUGACCCUGUCCACCAGUGGCUGUCCUGUGUGUAUAAGGACCACAGCAUCUACAUCUGGGAUGUGAAGGACAUCAACAAAGUGAGCAAGAUGUGGUCCGAGCUCUUCCACAGCUCCUACGUCUGGAACGUGGAGGUUUAUCCUGAAUUUGAAGAUCAGCGGGCUUGUUUGCCAUCGGGGUCUUUUCUGACUUGUUCCUCUGACAACACCAUCCGCUUCUGGAACAUGAACAGCGGCGGCUCCAGCUCUCAAUGGCAGAGGAAUAUCUUCAGCAACACUCUGCUGAAGGUAGUGUAUGUGGAGAACGAUAUCCAGCACUUGCAGGACACCUCCCACUUCCCUGACCGGGGCAGCGAGAACGGGACACCUGUGGAUGUAAGAGCUGGCGUGCGCGUCAUGCAAGUCAGCCCUGAUGGCCAGCACUUGGCUUCAGGUGACCGAAGUGGCAAUCUGAGGAUCCAUGAGCUGCAUUUCAUGGAUGAGCUGGUCAAGGUGGAGGCCCAUGAUGCCGAGGUGCUGUGCCUGGAGUACUCCAAGCCUGAGACAGGACUAACCUUGCUGGCCUCGGCUAGUCGGGACCGACUGAUCCACGUGCUGAAUGUGGAGAAGAACUACAACCUGGAGCAGACCCUGGACGACCACUCCUCCUCCAUCACAGCCAUUAAGUUUGCUGGCACGAGAGACAUCCAGAUGAUCAGCUGUGGGGCAGACAAGAGCAUCUACUUCCGCAGCGCCCAGCGGGCCUCAGACGGACUGCAUUUCAUCCGUACCCACCACGUGGCAGAGAAAACCACCUUAUAUGACAUGGAUAUUGACAUCACACAGAAGUACGUGGCCGUGGCCUGCCAGGACCGUAAUGUGAGGGUCUACAACACGGUGAAUGGCAAGCAGAAGAAGUGCUACAAGGGCUCCCAGGGUGAUGAAGGAUCCCUGCUGAAGGUCCAGGUGGAUCCAUCUGGCACUUUCCUGGCCACAAGCUGCUCAGACAAGAGCAUCUCGGUAAUAGACUUUUACUCGGGCGAGUGUGUUGCCAAGAUGUUUGGCCAUUCAGAAAUCAUCACAGGCAUGAAGUUCACCUAUGACUGUCGUCACUUGAUCACCGUAUCCGGAGACAGCUGCGUGUUCAUCUGGCACCUGGGCCCGGAGAUCACCACCUGCAUGAAGCAGCACCUGCUGGAGAUCAACCACCAGGAGCAGCGACGACAGCAGCAGCAGCCCAAGGACAGGACGUGGGGUGACCACCCAAGGCAGGAGACCUACACAUCCAUGCCCAGCGAGAUCCGAUCCCUCAGCCCUGGAGAGCAGACAGAGGAUGAAACAGAGGAGGAAUGUGAGCCAGAAGAGCUGGUGAAGACCCCAUCCAAGGAUAGUUUGGACUCAGAUCCCCAGUGCCUGCUGACCAAUGGCAAGCUGCCGCUCUGGGCAAAGCGGUUGCUAGGGGACGAUGAUGUGACAGAUGGCCCUGCCUUCCAUGCCAAGCGCAGCAGCUACCAGCCACAUGGCCGCUGGGCAGAGCGGGCUGACCAGGAGCCCCUGAAGACCAUCUUGGAUGCUCGGGCCCUGGAUUGCUACUUUACACCCAUGAAACCUGAGCAUCUGGAGGACUCGGUUGUGGACACAGUGGAACCGCAGAACCUGGAGGAUCUGCUGGGUGAGGCAGAGAGUCCCCAGGAGGAUGGCCAUGGGCAUCCCUCCUUUCUAUCCCUGCAGAGAGAGUCAUCUGAGGCCAACAAGCUCCUUGUCUACUCCCUGGACAGAGAAGUCACAGUCACAGGGACCGCCAGCCAGUACUAUGAGAAGGAGGCCAGGGCGGGGCCUGGAGAGCCACAGGCUGAGGCCUACCUCAAGGCGUCCUCCGUCAGCUUGAAGAACCAGAGCCCACCUGAGGGGGAAGCUGACUUAGACCGCCCCUUUGCUGCCCCUCAUUUCUCUGCUCCACGGCCUGACCUGGACUCUCGGCUCACCAUGACCAUUCCCCACGAGCCAGGAUGCCUGGGUAUGGCAGAAGAACCGCCCCGGCCUGAGGGGCCAGGCCCAGCCAAUAGCUCUGUUCCCCAGACUCCUGAGCAGGAGAAGUUCCUCCGUCACCACUUUGAGACGCUUACCGAUGCCCCCUCUGAAGAGCUCUUUCAAGGGUCCCUGGAGGACGUGAAGGUCUCAGAGGCUGAGGACGACUUCUUCAACCCCCGGCUGAGCAUCUCCACACAGUUUCUGUCACGCCUGCAGAAGGCAUCCAGGUUCACCCAUACCUUCUCACCCCUGCUGCCUCUGCACCUGGUGAAACCUCCGGAGGCCAAGCUUCGCCACCGGGGAAGCCAGCCCCAGGCAGAGCCCCCGAGAGCAGGUACUGGCUACACCUCCCCAGACGGGACCAAUGUCCUUUUGGGGGCAAAGGCUGAGGAGCCCCUGGAGCCCCUGUGCCCACGGACCCCCCACCUUACAGGCCUGGCACCCUGUGUCCCUUCCUCCUCAGUGCUGCCCACAGACAGGAAGCCUUCAACACCCACAUCUGAACCAGGCCUGGAUCCGGGCGUCUGUACCCCCUCUACCUGCUCCUCCAUGGAAUCUACCACCAGCUCCCGAGCCAAGAUGUCAUGUGAGGAUCCCAUCCUCGCUGAGCUGGCCGGCCCCCUCCACAGACCCUCAUCUGUUGAAGAACUGGACGCUCUGGGCCAGGAGCUCCCGGCCCUUGUCACAGCAGAACCCAGUUCUGGAAACGAGGACCAAGAACCUUCCCUGCCUUCCUGGGGCAACCACGAGGCCCGAGCUGGCCUAAGACUCACCUUGUCAAGUGUCUGUGACGGGCUGAAGCCACCCACCACGUGUGUCUGGUCCCAGGAGUCCGUGGACAUGAGGCCUGGUGUAACAGCCAGCUCGCUAGCCACCAGCCCUAUGGAUGGAAGCACCCCAAGGCUCCACAGCUCUGCCUUUCUUCCAAAGCUCCCAAGCCCCCCCUCCCUGUCCCCGUCUCCCCACUCCAACAGCCCCCCACUUCCAGAAGUUAGGCCUGAAGUCCCUGGUAGCACUUCCUCCCUUCCGGAGCCCAGCCCUGGUGUACCCAGUCCUGUCCCAGGGAGCUCUGGACACUGGAGGGAGCUUGGGCUACCGGCUGCUGUCCUGCCCCCCACACCCCUCUACCUACAUGAUGUGACGAGCAUCUUGCACAGGCUGCAGACUGCCUUCCAAGAAGCCCUUGACCUUUACCACACAUUAGGCUCCAGUAGCUGGCUGGGCACUGACCAGCAGCAAGCACAGACCCUGCUGGCCUCCACCUUCCUUUGGAUCCACAGCCAGCUGGAAGCCAGCGACUGGCUGGUUGGAGAUGACUUGGCUCCUGCCCAGUCUGUGCCAAGCCCACAUCCUCCAUCCUCACCCACACUGGGCUCCUUGGCCAGCCCAGACUUGCAGGCCCUUUUGGAACACUACUCAGAACUGCUGGUUCAGGCUGUGCGGAGGAAGGCGCAGUGAGACCGAGGCCUUACUGCCGCCAUCACUUGCCGCUCUGGAAAAGCAGGUUAUUUUGAGCAA